GCGCGCUCCUGCUCCUUAGCCGAGUUAAGGGGUUAUCUAACCAGGUCCAGGAGUGUGGAGAUCGAGAAUCAUGUCCGCUCCCCGAGCCGCUGAGAUUCACAAGGACGUUCAGAACUACUACGGGAAUGUACUGAAGACAUUUGCAGACCUCCAGACUAAUGCUUGUGUCACACCAGCCACGCUGGUCCCCAAGUACAUCCGGGAAACUCUGAAGAAUGUACACGAAGACGUUACUUCGAGGUAUUAUGGCUGUGGUCUGGUUGUCCCCGAACGCCUGGAAAACUGCCAGAUUCUGGAUCUGGGUUGUGGAAGUGGCAGAGACUGCUAUAUGCUUAGCCAGCUAGUUGGCGAGAAGGGACAUGUCACUGGAAUAGACAUGACUAAGGCCCAGGUGGAAGUAGCUAAAACCUAUCUUGAGUACCACAUGAAGAAAUUUGGUUUCCAGGCACCCAAUGUGACUUUUAUUCAUGGCUGCAUUGAGAAGCUGGCAGAGGCUGGGGCCCAGCAGGAGAGCUACGAUAUUGCUGUAUCCAACUGUGUUAUCAACCUUGUUCCCGACAAAGAGCAAGUGCUCCGGGAGGUGUAUGACGCGCUGAAGUACGGUGGGGAACUAUAUUUCAGUGACGUCUAUGCUAACCUUGAAGUGCCGGAAGACAUCAAGUCACACAAGGUUUUAUGGGGCGAAUGCCUGGGAGGCGCUUUGUACUGGAAGGAUCUUGCCAUCAUUGCCCAAAAAAUUGGAUUCUGCCCUCCACGUUUGGUCACUGCCAACCUCAUCACAAUUCAAAACAAGGAGCUAGAAAGUGUUCUUGGGGACUGUCGCUUUGUGUCUGCCACAUUUCGACUCUUCAAACUCCCUAAGACAGGACAAGCCAAAAGAUGCCAAGCUGUUUACAAAGGAGGGAUCACAGGGCAUGAAAAAGAACUAAUCUUUGAUGCAAAUUUCACAUUCAAGGAAGGCGAGGCUGUCAAAGUGGAUGGAGACACAGCAGCUGUCUUGAAGAACUCGCGUUUCGCUCAGGAUUUUCUCUUCACACCUGUUGCAGCCGAGCUGCAGGCUGCCUGGAGCUGUUCUGGAUUAGAAACAAAGGAUAUAAUCACAGAUCCAUUCAAGCUUGCAGAGGAAUCUGACAAGGCGAAGCCCAGACAUGCACCUGAUGGCGCUGGAGGCUGCUGCGGCAAAAAGAAAAGCUGCUAGAUCGACGGCCAGCGUGGAGCUCAGUGCGCGCGCGAACAGGCGCCUAAAAAAACGGCUCACCCGGGCUUUUAAACCUCCUCUUCCCCAGUCCCCCAGUGCAGAGAUGACGGGAAGGUGACAAAGGCACCUUAAUCUAGAUUACAGCAAAGAAUAAGAAUGAGCUUUAGAAGGUGUUAAUCUAAGGGUCACAGCUAAUCACCAGCCUUUCUAUUUCGCUAUUCCAGAGUUCCGGUGCCACCUAGUGGUCAGAAGUAGGACUUGGAAGCGCAAGGUUUAAUUUACUCAAAGGGCCCCAGGCAUCGACUUUGGAGGAGGGUGGUGGGAGAGUAUCUUCCUUCUGGCCUACCACCGGACACCGCUGGACUUUUGUGUUCAUUCAGGAAGUAGAGCCCCUACUAAAUUUACACUAUGUCAAAAUAUUGUCAAGUCAAAUUUGUUAGGAGUCCUCUUCAGGUCCCUGUCUUCAAACCUUUGUUUUCCUGCUGUAAUUCAAUAAAGAAUAAAACAAAUGAAUAAUAAAUUUGA